CUCCUCCUGCCCCCCCCCGGCGCUCCCGCCCUCGCACACUCCUCUCUCUCUCACGGCCGUCCGUCCGUCCGUCCGUCCUGUCGGCACCUCGCCCGCCCGGCGCACACACGCAACCCCCCGGCGCCCCCACAUCAUGCUGCCGGCCGCCGGCACGGCAUGGACCCCGGCGGCGGCUGCACGGCUCCUCUCCGCUGCUGAGACCCCCCUGAGGAAAGGAAAAAACAAAACCAACGAAAAGGAGAAGUCGAACUCUCAAAGGGUUACUAUGCAAUUGCGACUGCUUUCUUGGUUUUUUAUCACUUUGAACUUUAUGGAAUACAUUGGCAGCCAGCACGCCUCCAGGGUACGGCGACAGGGAAGAAUGCAUCCUAACGUGAGCCAGGGUUGCCAAGGAGGGUGUGCUACAUGUUCGGACUACAACGGAUGCCUGUCAUGUAAGCCCAGACUCUUUUUUGUUCUGGAGAGGAUCGGCAUGAAACAGAUUGGAGUAUGUCUUUCCUCGUGUCCAAGCGGAUACUAUGGGACACGGUAUCCUGAUAUUAAUAAGUGUGCAAAAUGUAAAGCUGACUGUGAAACCUGCUUCACCAGAAACUUCUGCACGAAGUGUAAAAGUGGGUUUUACUUGUACAGUGGAAAGUGCCUUGAAAAGUGCCCUGAUGGGCUGGAAGCCAACAACCACACGAUGGAGUGCGCUAGUAUCGUGCACUGUGAAGCUAGUGAGUGGAGUCCAUGGAGCCCUUGCACAAAGAAAGGAAAAACAUGUGGUUUCAAAAGAGGAAAUGAAAUAAGGGUCAGAGAGAUCGUACAACAUCCAUCAGCAAGGGGCAAUCCUUGCCCAGCUACAAGCGAGAGCAGAAAAUGUAUUGUACAAAGAAAGAGAUGUCAGAAGGAAGGAAAAGGAAAAAAAAAUAGGGAGGAGAAAAGAAAAAAGUCCAACAAAGACGAAAGUAAAGAGACAAGACAGGAAAGCAAAGGGCGAGUAGCCCGAAGACAGAACCAAGAACAGAGGGAAAACAACAACAAAACGCAGCCGAAGAAACGAAAAGCCCCCAAUAAAGAACAGACCCUGGCACCCGUCGACACUGCACAUUAACAGCCUUCCAUGAUUGUUUAAGUCUUAUGAUGCUGCUAUCUCUACCAGACCGCCCUGACAGGUGCUCCAACCAUUCAGGCCGCAAAUGGACAAUGCUACCAGUUAUUAUUAAACUCUAAACAACAUUCCAAAUACUUCCUAUAUUCUCCAAGCAACCAUAGUUUAUUAAAGAGAUUGAGAUGAGCCAAGAAAUAAAAUCUAAAAAUGGGAUACUUUAAAACUGUUAUAUUAUAUGCUUCCAUGCAUCUGUAAAAGGCAAAUAAGAAUUUUUGUAUAUAUUAAUAAUAGGGUAUAAAAUAUAGCAAUAUAAUAAUGAAUGAC